AGAAAAAAUCUUUGAAAAGUCUUAUCUUUGCUAGACUCGAAAUGGCUGCUGGGAAAUAUCAAGAAUCCUACUCUUCACGGUUUUCUUAUUGUAAAUAUCAAGUGUUCUUGAGUUUUAGAGGUGAAGACACCCGCAAGAACUUUACCGAUCACCUCUACAAGGCCCUGGUUGAGGCAGGGCUUCACACAUUUAGAGAUGAUGAUGAAAUUCGGAGGGGAAAGAAUAUACAGCUGGAGCUCCAGAAGGCAAUACAACAAUCAAAAAUAGCGAUAAUCGUGUUCUCCAAAAACUAUGCUUUGUCGAGAUGGUGCCUCGAUGAACUUGUAAAGAUUAUGGAACGUAAAAGGAAUGUUGACUGCAUAGUUUUCCCAGUAUUCUAUCAUGUGGAUCCAUUUGAAGUCAGAAAUCAAACUGGGAGCUUCGCUGCAGCAUUUGUGGAACAUGAAAAGCACUACAAGGAGAAGAUGGAGCAGGUGAAUGGGUGGAGGAUUGCUUUGAAGGAAGUUGCCAAUUUAGCUGGAAUGGAUUUAGGAGAUGGGUACGAGGCACAGUUUGUCCAAUCUAUUGUGGAGAAUGUCUCAAAGAAUUUGGAUCCAAAAAUAUUUUAUGUCGCCCUUCAUUUCAUUGGAAGAGAUGCUCGAGUACAAGAUAUCAACUCAUGGUUGCAAGAUGGAUCCCAUGGUGCUGCCAUUGCUGUACUCUAUGGAAUUGGUGGAGUUGGAAAGACAUUGUCUUGGAGCUCCAUACCAAAUCACAUAUGCUUGGAGAAGCUGGUGGUUCUUGAUCUAUCCAGAAGUUGUCUAGUUGAUGCUUGGAAGGGCAAACCGUUUCUUCCAAAAUUAAAAAUUCUUGAUCUCCGUCACUCUCGUGAUCUCAUUAGAACCCCAGACUUCUCGGGUCUCCCAGCCCUUGAAAAGCUAAUACUUGAAGACUGCAUUCGUUUGGUUCAAAUUCACGAAUCUAUUGGUGAUUUACAAAGAUUGUUGAUCUUAAAUGUAAGAAAUUGUACAAGUCUUAUGGAGCUUCCAGAAGAAAUGAGUAGAUUGAAUUCACUUCAAGAGCUGGUUUUAGAUGGUUGCUCAAAUCUUACGAGCCUGAAUAUGGAGUUAGAGCAUCAUCAGGGGCGCAAGUUGCUUCAAAGUGAUGGAAUUGUUGCAAUUACAUCAUUCAUUUCAUCUCUUCCAUUGAAGGUAUUCUUCCCCUCUAGGUUUUCAACGAGGAAAAUGUUGAGAUUUACCUCUUUUUCAAUGCCACGCUUCUUGGAGAGUCUAGAUUUAAGUGGAACUCCAAUUUGUUUUCUUCCAGAAAGCAUCAAGGAUCUUGGUCUACUCAGACGCCUAUAUUUAAGAAAUUGCAAAAUGCUUCAGACACUCCCAGAGCUUCCAUCCCAUUUGUAUUCGUUAGAUGUGUCUUUUUGCUAUUCACUGAAAAGACUUGCAAAUCUGUUCACAAGGUUUUACGAGGAGGUAGAAGAGGAUAAAUGGCUAAUUCAGAAUGAGUUUGUAGAUAACUUUUCAUUCAAAAUAUCCUCACCUCCUGCGCACCGGAUAUGUGGCUUUAAUCUGUUCUCAAGGUGUUGUAUGAUGUCAGGGUACGAUGGCUCUAGUCAUGUUUAUCUUGAAAUCAGGAACAAUACCAGUGGUCGAUCCUUGCGUCAUCAAGCCUCUAUAUUCCCUAUGAGUUACAAGCGUGGUGUUCGUGAAUUCCAAUCGCUAAUUCACAAGAAAUUAGGGGUUGAUGAUCCUACAUUUGAUAAUGGUGAUGACGUGAGUAUUUCAGUGCGUCUACAAGAUCCAGCUUUUCAAAUAAGGAGGACGAUUGGUGUCCGAUGGUUGCAUGAAGAGGAAGGAAAUGAAAUAGUUCUCUUUUUUUCUUUUUUCUUUUUUCUUGAAAAGCUUAUCAUGAAAUAG